AGUUUGUAAAAAUUUUCCAUUUCAGAAACUAUGAAUCUUGAUUUACAUGACAUAACUUUGUUGUUUUACAUAAAUGACGCUCAAACAGAGUAACUAACUUCUUUAAAUUACUUAUUAAAAUCAAAAUUACACAUUUUAAAAGCUGAUUCACCUUUUUUUUACGUCCAAACUCAAGAAAAAAUAUGCUCGUUUUUAUGUAAUAAAUGUAGUAAUUCAAAAUGGUUUUGUUUAAAUCUUGGAAAUUUUGCGGUGUUCACUUUGCACCUCUUUUGUUACCUCUUGACCGGCGUCUGCAGACAUUAUCCGUCGCUUUAUGGUUCAUGCUUGCCAUUUUAAUUGGUUCCGUGACAGCAAUAAUAUUUAUGUAUUUGAUACUCUACACCAAUUAUUGGUGGAUACCUGUACUAUAUUUAACCUGGAUGAUAUUUGACCGAAAGUGUCAAGUGCGAGGCGGAAGACCCGAAAGGGUUCAGAAAUGGGCCAGAAAUUGGUCUCUCUGGAGAUUUUACUGCAAUUACUUUCCAAUAAGACUGAUUAGAACUGUUGAGCUGGAUCAAACUAAAAACUAUAUUUUUGGCUCCCACCCUCACGGGCUCCUUUGCUCUGGGAUGUUUGGAGCAUUUGCUACAGAAGGUGCAGACGUCGGCAAACUAUUCCCAAAUUUCAAGAUCCAUGGAACCACCUUGAGCCUAAAUUUCUGGUUUCCUCUGACUAGAGAGUGGAUUCUAAGCCUAGGUGGAGUAUCUGCGAGCAAAGAGUCUAUUUCCUAUUUGAUGAAAGAGCCUGGAGGCGUGAUUGCUGUGAUAGUGGUUGGAGGAGCAGAGGAGAGCAUGUUUGCAUCCCAGACUCAAGUCUCAUUGGUUCUUAAUAAAAGGAAAGGAUUUAUCAAGAUUGCUCUGCAACAUGGAGCCCAACUUGUCCCAACAUUUUCAUUCGGCGAGGCUUACAUUUAUAAUAUCCGUAGUACUCAGCCAGGGACCUGGAUAUAUACCCUUCAGGAGAAGUUUAAAAACAUGGUUGGGUUUGCUCCGGUCUUGUUCAUGGGACGAGGACUGUUUCAGUAUAGCUUUGGUCUGAUCCCGCACAGGAAACCUGUUAAUAUUGUUGUCGGAGAACCUAUACAGGUUAAACAAGUUCCUAAUCCUAGCAGAGAAGAUAUAGAAGUACUUCACGCCAAGUAUAAGGAAGCUUUGUUAGACUUAUAUAGCAAGUACAAUCCUAUUUAUGGGGAUUCAUCGAUUUCUCUCAAAAUUCUGUAAUAUUUUUAACGGGUAUAUUUUUGUCAUCCCCUCCCCCCC